UCGUUUUAAACGCACCUCGGGCGUCCUGACCAAUAUGAUGUUUACAAAGACGUCCGCAAUUUACCUGUACGCUUCAAUCCGCCUCGUGUUAUAUAUAAAUCUACCGAGAGCAAUGCGCCAUUCAUAGUUUCAGUCUUCACACUGUAAACAUGCCACCCAAAGUUGGAUCUAAAGGUUCUAAGAAAGCUGCCACCAAGGCUAAGGCCCAGAGAACUGGGGACAAGAAGAAGCGCAGGAGGAGGAGGGAAUCCUACGCUAUCUACAUCUACAAAGUCUUGAAACAGGUGCACCCUGACACUGGAGUUUCCAGCAAGGCCAUGAGCAUCAUGAAUUCUUUCGUCAAUGACAUCUUCGAGAGAAUUGCCGCUGAGGCCUCCCGUCUGGCCCACUACAACAAACGCUCAACCAUCACCAGCAGAGAAAUCCAGACUGCAGUCCGCCUUCUCCUGCCAGGUGAAUUGGCCAAGCAUGCUGUCUCUGAAGGUACCAAAGCUGUUACCAAGUACACCAGCAGCAAGUAAACUGCAGGGAUAUGUAGUUGACAUAACCAAACGGCCCUUUUCAGGGCCACACAAUUUUUUCGAAAAGCUACCAUCAUUACAAUACGCAGUUACUGGUACAUUAAAUUUGUGUUCAAUAGUCAUGAUUGUUUCAAGACUAUACAUUCACUAUCAAAAUGAGUACCCAUCUUCACAGAAACUGAAAUUACAACAGGCUGUCACAUCUAAGAAUAAAAAAGUUCUGUCUCUAUUACUGUACACCAAUUACUUAUUGAUCUUCAUUAUUCAAUAUUAUCGUACAAUUUAAAAUAUCAAAACAGUGCAAUCUACAAUAUGGUCAUAAAAUAAUAGCUAAACAUUAUCAGUGUCUGCUUUUCAAUCAUGAUUAAAGUCAAUUUCACUGCCCUAUAUUUUAA